AUGGAUCCUAAUAAUGACAGAGAAGGAAGUAUAAGUCCAACACAAACGACUGGUGGUGCAAUGCUUAAUAAUAAUCUUUCUUCAGAAUUAUUAUCCAAGUUAUCACCACAAGAGUUAAAAAUUUAUAAAAUGUAUGGAAAAGUUCCACGAAGAACAGAUUUAUUGGCACACAAAUUGCAAGAACGUAAAUAUUUCGAUAGUGGUGACUACGCCUUGAGCAAAGCUGGUAUUAACCAAGGUCCGGGAGAAGUACCUAGUUUUAAUAAUUUACCUGUUACCAAUCCUAGUGGUUUAAGGGAAAGUAUAAUACGGAGGAGGUUAAGUACUAGCCAACCUUCAAGCAACAUAGGUGGUAAUGCUAAUAAUGAUAAUAAUAAUAAUAAUAAUAAUAAUAAUAAUAAUAAUAAUAACAAUAAUAGCAGUAAUAAUAACAGUAAUAACAAUAGCAAUAAUAAUAGUGCAGGAUCUGUGAUCAGUGGUCCUAAUUAUAGUAGCGGUAUUAUUUCAUCAAUUAAUUCUUCAAUUCCAAAUACGACUAGUGAUAUUAGUAACAUUAGUAACAUUAGUGACAAUGUAUGA